AUGCACUUCAAGUUAUUGAUUGCCUGGCUGACUCACUGCAUCUAUAUAGAAUGGGAUAUAUUCCACUUCAUCGUCCUGAAUUAUGAGCUAGCCAAGAUCCACGGAGGUGUGGGCGGUGCCCUAGGUGGUUCGAGUGUCAUUGGUGCACCGCCAAUCAUCCACUUUGGCACGGAGGAACAGAAACAGAAAUGGCUCCCCGGUAUUCUUACGGGGGAGCUGAGCUUUUGCCUCGGGGCUACUGAACCCACUGGGGGAUCGGAUCUGGCGAAUCUCAGGACAACUGCCGUCAAGGAUCCGACGGGCAAAUUCUAUAUUGUUAAUGGGAAUAAGAAAUGGAUUACCGGCGCUGCGAGAGCUACGCAUAUGACUACUGCGGUGCGGACGGGUGGACCUGGCGCAGGGGGGGUCUCUGUGCUUGUCAUAGAGACCAAUUCUCCCGGUCUUACGAUGCGGAAGAUCAAGAACAGCGGGCAGAACGCGUCGAAUAGUCAAUGGGUGGCGUUGGAGAAUGUAAAGGUGCCAGUGGAAAACUUGAUUGGGAAGGAGAAUCAAGGGUUUCCAACUCUUAUGACUACCAAUUGCCACUCUCGGAUCUGUCUGAAAGACGCAUACGAAUACGCCUUAGACCGCCAAACAUUCGGCAAACCGCUGAUAUCCCAUCAAAUCAUCCGAGCGAAGCUGGCAACGAUUGCGCGAUAUGUCGAGGGUCACUGGGCCUGGAUCGAGCAGCUUGCUUACCAUGUCAAGGUGAACAAUGGUGCCAUUGAUGACCUGUCUGCGCGGAUUGCCCUUGCCAAGGUCCAGGGUGGGCGACUCCUGGAACUCGCGAACAGAGAGGCACAGCAGAUUUUCGGUGGUGCUGGGUAUCAGUGUGGUGGUGUAGGAUCCAGGGUUGAGCAGAUCAGUCGCGAUCUGAGGAUGAUGGUUGUUGGUGGUGGGAGUGAGGAGAUUCUGACGGAUUUGUCUAUUCGGCAAGAGGCUGCGUGGGCGAAGAAGAGAGCUUCUCGUCUUUGA